GGGCACACCCCUCCUUCCUUCUAUCUCCCAGCAUUCCCCACUCCAGCCUCUGUUUAAGUACCAGUGUGGGAAGCGUGUGCAUGUCCUGGAUCAGACCCUGACCAUGUUUUUUCUGACUCCAGUCUUGGUAGCAAUUGUCUGCAUUUUGGUUGUGUGGAUCUUUAAAAAUGCAGAUAGAAGCACUGAGGAAAAAAGGGGGGAGGCUGGAGCCAGGGUUGAGGCUCGCCCUUGGGUGGAUGAAGACUUAAAAGACAGUACUGAUCUCCAGCAAGAAGAAGAAGAAGAAGAUGUAGAUGAAUGGCAAGAGUCAGAAGAAAGUGUUGAACACAUUCCAUUUGUUCACAUCCGGUAUCCUGAAAAGGAAAUGGUUAAGAGAUCUCAGGAAUUUUUUGAACUCCUCAAUAAGAGACGGUCAGUAAGGUUUAUAAGUAAUGAGCAAGUCCCAAUGGAAGUCAUCGACAAUGUCAUCAAGACAGCAGGAACAGCCCCAAGUGGGGCCCACACAGAGCCCUGGACCUUUGUAGUUGUGAAGGACCCAGAUAUGAAACACAAGAUUCGGGAAAUCAUUGAGGAGGAAGAGGAAAUAAACUACCUGAAAAGAAUGGGACACCGAUGGGUUGCCGACCUGAAGAAACUAAGAACCAAUUGGAUUAAGGAGUACUUGGACACUGCCCCUGUUCUGAUUCUCAUUUUUAAACAAGUACAUGGUUUUGCUGCAAAUGGCAAGAAAAAGGUGCAUUACUACAACGAGAUCAGCGUCUCCAUCGCUUGCGGCAUCCUACUGGCUGCCCUGCAGAAUGCAGGCCUGGUGACUGUCACCACCACUCCUCUCAACUGCGGACCGCGUCUGAGGUUGCUCUUGGGUCGUCCUGCACAUGAAAAGCUGCUGAUGCUGCUCCCUGUGGGGUACCCCAGCAAGAAGGCCACGGUGCCUGACCUCAAGCGGAAACCUCUGGAUCAGAUCAUGGUGACUGCAUAGGCAGGAGCCACCAGGGAGAGGAUGAUACCGCUGCUCUUGGCUCCAUCUUCUCCCACCCCCUCAGUGCCAAGGUUCCUUCAUACUCCACUCCGUAGGCUGGCCACUCUAGGAAUCUUGAAUACUGUCCAGUCU